UAUUUUGAAGGUUAAAACCAGAAGUGAAUUUAACAGUCAGAGACGACGUCUUGCAACUGUCAAAAGCUCCACAUCGAUAUAUUCAUAUUUCACUCAAUGUCGCGUUUGUAGCCAUUUUGUAUCAAUAGUUACCAAAGUGAGCGAACAUGAAAGGAGGUUAAAAGUAAAAACAACACGACGUCGUCUUCGCGGUGUUCGUUUGGCUAAUCCGACCUCCAGGAGGAGGGCGGGCGGACACCCUUCACUCCACGACCUCCAGGAGCAGGGCGGGCGGACACCCUUCACUCCACGGACUUAGCCGGCUCGCUUUGCCGGACAGAUUGUAGUUUGUCCCGCCGACGUCCGUCCCGUGCAGGUGUGACCAGACUGUCCAGGACGUCGUCAUGGAUUUGACGCAGUUGGCGGUGGAUGCUGGUCAGUUCAUCAACCGGGCCGUCCAGUACACGGAGGAGAGUCUUGGACAGGCCGAUAAGACCGAGUUGAAACCCGAACUGGAGGAACUUCUCACCCGGGCGGACGCCACCAAGACUUGGACGGAUAAUAUCGUCUCUCAAACGGAAGCCAUGUUGCAGCCCAGCCUGGCAGCACGUCUUGAAGAUCGACUAUAUGAACACCUGGACUGGCCCCGCCCCCUUCGCCCUCACGCUCAUCAAGUCCUGGGAGAGCAAAUGAUAGAAGCUGGCUUUGAGAUGGGGAACAACACCCCUUAUGGUAGAGCGCUGCUCAGGUGUGGCGAGGCCCAGAAGCAGUUUGGCGAGGCCCAGAGACAUUUUGUCCAAAGUGCCAACAUUCACUUUGUGACUCCUCUGCAACAUUUUACUAACUGUGACUACAAAGUCAUCCAGGAGGCGCGCAGGAUGCUGCUCAACAAGCGUUUGGACUUGGACGUGGCCAAGAGUAGACUGAGGAGGUCUCACCUGGCACACCAGGAGUCCACUAUUCUCAACAACACUCGGCAGGACGAUUACAUGUCCUUCAUGUUCCGCUGUGUGCGUGUUGGCUGGCUGAAGAUGUGGGCGCAGGAAGUCUCUCAGGCGGAGGUGCAGUUGAGGAUGUGUCAGUCUUCCUUUGAUCGUCAGUCAGAUGUCACACAGCAACUUUUGGGAGAGUUACACAACACACAUAAGAAACACAUGCAGAGUCUGAUAGACUUUGUGGACGCUCAGACCUGUUUCUACGCACACUGCAAGCAGCACGCCUUGGAGCUGAGGAAACACCUGGCCAGCAUCCCGGCAGUGUUGUGUUCCAGCCAGUGGCAGUCAUCAAUAACCAAUGAACUUAUCAAUACCAAUGAUCAACAAAGAGCGUCCAUCUUGGUUCCACACCUUCCAGAUUUGGAGCGAGACUCUUGCACAUUAGAAGUUGCUGCUGAGGAGACAAGUAAGAGUGGGCCUCCGUCACCUGAGCAAAGUAGCAAAGGGGAAAGCGAGACAGGUGUGGCUGAGAGUGGGAUGGUGGAGUGUGGGAGUGUUCAUGGGUGUCAGGACGCGGCACAGAGGGAUGGCAGCCCAGAAGAGAAGACAGACCAACCUUGAAUAAUACUUAAUGGGACCUGUCUACUUCCUGGGAGAAGUGUCAGUGUACAACUGUGCGACUGUCAGAGCGACAACAAAGUAAACAUGCAGGAGCAGACGUCGCCACCAACACUAACAUUCAUGUCUAAUAUUGUACAUUUGAAGUACUGAUCGUAAGACUCCUUCAAUGUUUUGUAUAUGUACCAUCUAUAUAUAUAUAUAUAUAUAUAUAUAUAUAUAUAUAUAUAUAUAUAUAUAUAUAUGCACAUACAUAUAAAAUCCCCUGAAUAGUUGAGAGACCUGCCAAACAGGCUUGUCGGGAUGAAAUAGCCUAUGUGUUUCUUUCUGGCCUAACAUAUACAGUAUUUACAUGUAUGUGUGUGCAUAUAUGUAUAUAUAUGUGUAUGUUUAUAUAUGUGUGUGUGUGUGUAUAUAUAUAUAUAUAUAUAUAUAUAUAUGUGUGUAUAUGUUUAUAUGUGUGUGUAUAUAUAUGUGUGUGUGUAUAUGUAUAUAUGUGUGUAUAUGUGUAUAUAUAUAUGUAUAUAUAUAUAAUGUGUGUAUGUAUGUAUAUACAGUAUAAGUAUUUACUGUAUGUGUGUCUACAUAUAUGUAUAUACUGUGUGUGUAUAUUUACAUAUAUAGGAUAUAUAUAUAUGUAGAUAUAAAUCCAUGUAUUUAUAAGUAUUUACUGUAUAUACAGUAUGUGUGUGUACACACACAUUUAUAUAUAUAUGUAUAUAUAUAUAUCCAUCCAUCCAUUUUCUACCGCUUAUUCCCUUUGGGGUCGCGGGGGGCGCUGGUGCCUAUCUCAGCUACAAUCGGGCGGAAGGCGGGGUACACCCUGGACAAGUCGCCAACUCAUCGCAAUAUAUAUAUAUAUAUAUAUAUAUAUAAAUUAUUCUCUGCAUUUGACCCAUCACCAUUGAUCACCCCCAAGGAGGUGAGGGGAGCAGUGAGCAGCAGCAAUGGCUGCGCCCAGAA